UUAGUGGUCCGAGCUGUCGGUUCAGUGGCGCCGGGACCGGUUCAGGGCUUUGUGCUGCCCUCCAGCGGCCCAGAGGCGGAGCUACAGUCCGGGCUGGGUAACCUCCCUCCCCGGCCGGAGCCGCUCUGUGUUUGUGUAUGUGGAAUGCGGGUCAAGCGGAACUCACGGCUAAAACUGCGCUUCACAUCAAACUCAAACAACGGCUUGCAUCGGCCUGACGCGCUCUGCAGGCCAAACAUUGAGAGACGUGAUCCAUUUCCUCGCCUUAUGAUUGAAUAUUAAACCGCCUUCAGAAGAUCUUCAGGGGCUGCAUGGAUUGUAUCCUGAUUGUUUGGCUUGAAUUGAAACGAUGAUUUUCAGCUCUGGAUCUUAAAUCAGCAUAAUAACAGCUUUUGGCCACAGUUGUCCCUACGCCGGAGCUCCGCGGACAGACGACGAUGAAGAGAAGCAGGCACCACAGCAGCAGUGAGGACUCCGAUAAUGGAAUGUCGGCUAAUGUCUUGUCGUGUUCAGGAAGGAAACCAAGAGCAAGAAAAAGAAAGGGCAGCAGAUGGACUGAGAUUGAGGAAACUAAAAAGAAAGCCUACAACCUGAGAGACAGGAGACAGAGUAGGGACAGGAGGCACAUUUGGACCAUAAGAGGUGUCCCGGCAGGUAGUUCUACCUGCUGGUCCCAGCAUUCAACACAGCCCAGGAGGGGGACCGGGCAGAAACCCUCUGAGGUUUUCCGGACGGACCUCAUCACCGCCAUGAAGGUACAUGACUCGUACCAGCUGAACCCAGAGGACUACUACGUCCUCGCCGACCCGUGGAGGCAGGAGUGGGAGAAGGGCGUCCAGGUUCCCGUCAGCCCCCAGUCCAUCCCGCAGCCUGUCGCCAGGGUGUUGGCGGAGAAAGGAAAGGAGGUCAUGUUCGUCAGGCCAAAGAAGCUGAUCCGGACGUCAGGUGCCGAGGCACUGGGCUACGUGGACAUCCGGACGCUGGCGGCGGGGAUGUGCCGGUACGACCUGAACGAGGAAGACGUGGCCUGGCUGCAGGUCGUUAACGAGGAGUUUGCAGAGAUGGCCUUGCCACCGCUGGACGAGAUCACCAUGGAGCGGGUGGUGGAGGAGUUUGAGCACUGCUGCCACGAAAACAUGACGCACGCCAUGGAGACGGAGGAGGGGCUGGGCAUCGAGUACGACGAGGACGUGGUGUGCGACGUCUGCCAGUCGCCUGACGGGGAGGACAACAACGAGAUGGUUUUCUGCGACAAGUGCAACAUCUGCGUUCACCAGGCGUGUUACGGCAUCCAGAAAGUCCCGAAGGGCAGCUGGCUGUGCCGGAUCUGCGCCCUCGGCAUCCUACCAAAGUGCCAGUUGUGUCCCAAGAAGGGCGGAGCCAUGAAGCCGACCCGGAGUGGAACCAAGUGGGUCCACGUCAGCUGUGCCUUGUGGAUUCCCGAGGUGAGCAUUGGGAACCCAGAGAAGAUGGAGCCGAUCACCAACGUGUCCCAGAUUCCCAGCAACAGAUGGGCUCUGAUCUGCUGCCUGUGCAAAGAGAAGACGGGAGCGUGUAUACAGUGCUCAGCGAAAAACUGCCGGACUGCCUUCCACGUGACCUGCGGCCUCCACGCCAGCCUUGAAAUGAACACCAUCCUCACCGAGGACGACGAGGUCAAGUUCAAGUCCUACUGCCCCAAACACUCCGGGCUCGAGGGCGCCGAGACCAGGGACCGAGACUCCGGAGGCGAGGAGGAGAAAGAGGGCGCCAGAGACAAGAAGGGAAAGAGGAGAGGCAGGGUGAGAGGGCACGAGGACGCCGCCUCGUCGUCGUCCUGCGCGACUCCUCAGCUCAUCGGCAGAGCGCCCAGCGAUCUGGAGGGGCUCAGCAGCCACCAGCAGGAGAAGAGGGUCAACCUCCGCAAGCUGAAGCUGGAGGCGAUGGAGGAGGACUUCUACCAGUUUGUGGAGGUGGAGGAGGUGGCCAGUCACCUGAAGCUGCCGGCGGAGGUGGUGGACUUCGUCUACCAGUACUGGAAACUGAAACGCAAAGCCAACUUCAACCAGCCGCUCCUCACGCCCAAGAAGGACGAGGAGGACAGCCUGGCACGCCGCGAGCAGGAGGUGCUGCUGCGCCGCCUGCAGCUCUUCACACACCUCCGACAGGACCUGGAGAGGGUUCGUAACCUGACCUACAUGGUGACGCGGAGGGAGAAGAUGAAGCGCUCGUUGUGGAGAGUCCAGGAGCAGAUCUUCCAGCACCAAGUUCGACUGCUGGACCACGAGCUGCUCACAGGUGAUCCUUCAGCGAAGGACUUGGAGAAGCUCUUCUCUCCAGGCUGGUUUUCCUCUCAGGGCUCCCAGUCUCGCUCCUCCUGGAGCCACGCUGGACUGAAAACCAAACGAGUGUCUUUAAAGCAGGAAAGAAGGAAAACCAGCGACAGAAAAGGAGUCUCUGACUCUCCGCACACUCACAAGAAGGACAAUCUGAGCAAACCACUGGAGACGAAGGAGAUUAAAGGCUCCCGAGUCAAAGAGUCCGCGCCUGCUGAGGAAACCCAGACUCAAAUCAGCCAGGAGAUUGAGUUCCCAAAACUGCAGAAACCAGAAGUCGUUCAGGAAACGAUCGCCGUCAAGCUGCACAAACCCGAGAGCAGAAAAGCCCCGAGGAGGGAGGCCCCGGGUCCCGAACACGAGGCGCUGGUCAAACGGAAACGAGACGACAGCCACGAACAAGAGGAGAGGAGGAGGAAGAGGAGGAGCGACGUGACGGACAGCUUCCCCGGCCAGGUGAAGCACCGGUUUGGGUCAAAACAUCUGGAGAAAACAGUUUCCAUCAGGCUGGUGGAUAUCAGGAACUCUGACGCCGACGACUACUUCACGCGAGAAGCGAUGGCAAAAAGAAGUCUGUGCUCUGUGGAUGUGACCAACACUAAAAUCAGCAGAGCUGGCGUGCUCUCAGACGCCGACGCCGCUGCCACCAAGGCCAACGGUUGGCUGAGGAAAACCCCCGCCAACGGCUCACACGCGCCCAACAGACCUGCAGCCGGGCACAUUAAAGGCUGGGGGAAAUUCAGGAUCCCGAAGAGGAGCGACAGGCCUCUGACGGCGACAACGGAGGAGGAGGAGGAGGAGGAGCAUAAGCCGCUGCUGAGGCCGCUGACCAACACGCCGGAGCCGUCCUACCCCAGGACCAGACUCCGCACGGGGACGGAGAACGACGGCUACGCCUCCGACUCCAAACCGGGCGACUCCGAGAUGGAGCCCUGCCUGAAACGAUGCCACUCCCACCAGCUGAGGGGCGACUCGUCUCUCGGCCGGCGCUACGGGUCUGACAUCAUCCGCCGAGGCGUGCUGGCCUCCUGACGGCGGAGCAACACUUGUUGAAAAUAAGCUGCACUGUGUUAGUCGGAAAAGAACGACGGCCGCUCUUUGUACCUUUAUUUUUCUGGAUGAAUCGUAAAAUGCCUAGUUUAAAAACAGAGCUGAUAUUUAUUUUUUAUUUGUAACAUAUGUAAAUCUGGGAAAUAUUUUACUUUAUUUUGAGCUAGUUUUUAUUUUUCUUUAAAAGUAGAAAGAUGUCAAGUUGCCACUUAAAUGCUCGCUCAGAUGCUUACAAGCAAAAGCACCAACCAGGGAGAAGUUGCUGCUUGGGACCAUAAGCUUGCGAUGUACUUUGUUUUUUUGUCAUAGUAUUAAACUCAGUUGCACUUAGUGGAAACAGCUGACGGAUGACGUUCACCCUGUCGGCAACAUAAGACUCUAUAGGUCUCUCUCUCUGUUUGUUUGUUUUUUUAUUUUAAUCAAGCUUCAUCAGAUGAUAAACAGGAAGUCAAACUGCCCUUUUAUCUGCUAGUUAAACUCCAGCUGUCAUCGUCACUUCAGUCCGCCGUUGUGGACGUUAUGAACUGGGAAUCCACGACCAAACAGAAAGACGUUUUACUCAGUUAAGUGUAAUUGAACCGCGAUCGUAUCCAUCAUGUGCCUAACUUUUAUUUGAAGCGUUUGCACUACGAGAGGGCGGCACAGGUGUGAGGUAUGACUAGAGUUAUUUUUACACUGAAGAAACAACAAAACGUUUUGUACCCUCGGCCGCUGCUGUACUACUGUUAUGCAAAAUCGAACUUGUUUUGUCUUUGUCUCAAAGAGGAAUAAAAACUCUGGAGGACUCGA